AUGGGGCAUGUAGUUCCGGGUCCGCGCAAGAUCCAUAGCAUAUCCUCUGCUGAAAUUCCAAGCAUUGUCGAAAAUGGCAAGCCUUCAGUUAUCGCUGGUGUCGAGGUUUUGACCUCCUUCAACUGGUUGAACGCAGAAAGUCCUACCAUCCUGAUACCAGGUUGUCCACCAAAGUAUACAGAACCGAGCCGGGACACGAAACUGAGGAGAGACGAAGGAAGCAAGGUCAACGACGCAAGUUCCGAGCACUAUUCUGCCUACCCGCCAGAGCCAGCAGUUCGAGCACUGCUCCAUACAAGACCAUCGUAUUCAGACGUUGAAGUCGACGUCUUUGGCUGUGGUAAUACCUUUACUAGCCUCCUCUAUUUCGUCAGUGAUAUCGAGCGAGACUUUAGGUUCUCUGUCCAACGUAUUGGAAAGACUCUGUUCCUUGUUCGUCAGACUUUUGUAACAGAUAUCGACUUCGGUGUCUCAAGAGGCUACAACCGAGCUUUUGCGAAGGCUUAUACCAUCUGGGAAGGCGACGCCAAGAAUUCGAACUCACAUCAGCGUGUUCUUAGAUAUGAUCUUGCUGGCUUCAAAUGUGUUGUGAGGGGAGAAUGUGACGCAUACUUGCCAGACAAGCUGCAUGAAUUCCAGAGUCGACAACCCGCAUGUGAAGCGAGUGAAAAGCAUGAGGAAAAAACAGAAGCAGGCUGCUCAAGUACAGCUGCGCAAGAAAAGGUGCCCACCUCAACAGCUUCACUUACGCUUUUGAGCGGAGGAUGCGAUAUUCCACACGAUGCCUUGGUUAGCAUCGAAACUCGCGCAUCCUAUAACCAACGCGAUCCGGCUCGAGGAUAUCAGCUCCCACGAUUGUGGCUCAGACGAACUCCUAACCUGAUGACUGCCAUUCAUGUAUUUGGUACAUUCGAGAAGCACAAUCGUUCCAUCAGAAACGUCAAAGCUGGGGUCAAGGCAUGGGAGACAGAGAACACAGAGACAAUAAGCAAGCUGCGGAAUAUCCUUCAGAAGCUGGUCGAAAUCUCAAGCAUAGACGAUCAGGAUAGGAUUGAGGUACGUCGACGCAGUAGCGGUCCUCUGGAGAUCUGGAGUGCGAGGCCUGGAUGGUCUGCAUUACCAGAAGAGCUGCGAGCUCGUUGGACAGAUGCCAUGAGUGAGGAUACUGUUCGACCUAGCAUGAACGACGGUGCAAUGUGA